AUGUCAAAGAAGGAUCAACCAAUGAAUGAUGUUGUGGAGGAUGAUGAAGAUGAUGUCGCAGAGGAGGAAGAGGAGGACGAUGAAAUGGAAGUAGAUAAAGACAUUGCUGAUGAUGAUGAUCAUCAAGAUGAGGAUGACGAUGACGAUGAUGAGGACGAAGAUGACACAAAGGGAAACGCUCAGGUCGCAUCAGAGGACAAGAAGGAGAAAAAGAAGAAGAAGUCUGCCACUGCUCUGCCAGUGGCUAGAAUCAAGAGAAUCAUGCGUACAGAUAAGGAUGUUAAGUUAAUAUCUAGUGAUGCUUCACUAUUGAUCACAAAGUCAACUGAGUUAUUUUUAGAGUACCUAGCAAAAGAGGCCUUCAAGAAGACCACUGGAAAGAGAAAGCUAUUGUCCUACAAAGAGUUAUCAUCUGCUGUUAAGGAAAUAGAAGCACUUGAGUUCUUGGCAGAUAUCAUUCCACCAAAAGUGAUCACCUGA